AUGGGAAAUACCAGGUGGACCAUCCAAAAGAAUCGGAAAGCUGAGUCAAAUUCAAGGAGAGAAUCUCGCAGACCUCUUUGGUCAAAUGGUAGCUCUGCCAGUGAGAGUGCAUCAGCACGUUCUUUACGGAAAAGAUGGGAGAGAAGACUCAGAAGAAACCCAGAAUGUUUGGGUUCAUCUUCAACAGUAUAUAAGGUUGAAUAUAAUGAUACUCAAGCUGAUUUAAAGUAUUGUCAAGAUAUUAACCUUAUCACAAGGCACAAAUUCUACAAUUCAGUAACGUUUAAAAGUGAAUUGGACAGUUUUGAGGCGAAAGUUUUUCACCAAGACGAAAACACCUUAUUUGAAUAUUCACUUAUUCUUGCUGACUGGGGAACAGCAAUCCGUGAUCCUUUUAAUGAGCAGAUGCUCUAUGAAAGAAAUAAUCUUGUUUGCCUCGCCUGGUAUUUUGAAUAA